AUGUCGGGAUUCUUACCUCCCGAUUUUGAAUGGGGAUUUGCAACUGCCUCAUAUCAGAUCGAAGGCGCUGUAAAUGAAGAUGGCCGUGGAAAGUCGAUCUGGGAUACCUUCUGCCACCUUGAGCCUACAAGGACUAAGGGGGCCAAUGGAGAUAUCGCUUGCGAUCAUUACCACCGAUUCGAGGAGGAUUUCGACCUUCUCUCCAAUUACGGCGCAAAAGCAUACCGAUUCUCAAUUUCCUGGUCACGGAUCAUUCCACUAGGGGGAAGGAACGAUCCAGUCAGCGAAUCGGGUAUUGCCUUCUAUAACAAACUCAUUGAUUCCCUGCUUGCCAGGGGAAUCACCCCAUGGGUCACUCUCUAUCAUUGGGACCUUCCUCAAGCCAUUCACGAUCGAUAUGGAGGUUGGUUGAAUGUGGAGGAGUCGCAGCUUGACUUUGAGCGGUAUGCACAAAUUUGCUAUGAGAGAUUUGGAGAUCGUGUCAAGAAUUGGAUCACAUUGAAUGAACCGUGGAUUGUUUCUAUCUUUGGAUACGCGACUGGCGGAAAUGCGCCGGGACGAAGCAGUAUAAAUCCACAGUCCACCGAGGGCGAUACUACUACGGAGCCAUGGGUUGUUGGGAAAGCCUUGAUCAUGAGCCACGCUCGCGCUGUGGCUUUGUAUAACCGGAAAUUCCGAGCUUUUCAGAAAGGCAGGAUUGGUAUAUCUCUGAACGGUGAUUACUAUGAACCCUGGGACAGCCAGGACGAGCGCGACCGGCAAGCUGCUGAGCGCAGAAUGCAGUUCCAUAUUGGAUGGUUUGCGAACCCCAUUUGUCUAGCCCAAGACUACCCCAAAUGCAUGAGAGAGCAACUUGGCGAUAGACUCCCUAGCUUUACGGAGUGGGACCUUGCUUUGCUUAGGGAGGCGGACAUAGACUUCUACGGAAUGAACUAUUACACCUCCCAAUUUGCCCGGCAUCGCGACGAGCCUGCGCCUGAGACUGACUUCAUUGGGAAUGUGGAUGAACUGCAAGAAAACAAGCAAGGUGUAUCAGUCGGAGAGAAGAGUGGUGUGCAUUGGCUCCGGUCAACCCCGGAACUUUUCCGAAAGCACUUGACGCGAGUAUAUCGUACAUAUGGCAAGCCCAUCUACAUCACGGAGAAUGGGUGCCCUUGUCCUGGUGAGGAGAAGAUGACAUGCGAAGAGGCUGUCAACGAUACCUACCGAAUCCAGUACUUCAGGGAUCAUCUCGAUGCCGUUGGAAGAGCACGCAUAGAGGAUGGAUCUGAUAUCAAAGGAUAUUUUGCGUGGUCAUUGAUGGACAACUUAGAGUGGUCUGAUGGGUAUGGGGUUCGCUUUGGCGUUACCUUUACGGACUAUAACACCCUGGAAAGAACCCCGAAGCAAUCCGCAUUGCUGCUGAAAGGCAUGUUCGAUGAACGCAUGGGUGGCAACGCUUCUAGUUUUCCCGACACAGAAGAUGUGAUGGCCAGCCCUGCUCGUUCGCGCUCAUCAGCUAGAGCAUGCGAUCGGUGCCGUCGGAGAAAAUCAAAGUGUGACUGCUCGGGAGAAUCGUCAAUAUGCACCAACUGCCGUCUAGCUCGGACGCAAUGCACAUUUGACGUGCCAAUUGCCAGACGUGGACCCAAAUCCAAGCGACAAAGGUCACAGGGUGUGGUUUAUCCGAGUGUCUUGGAUAGUCCUCUGGCACCAGCUUUGCAGGUAGCGGAACAUGGCUCUAUAACACAAAGUCUCAGUUCGACCGCACCGGUUGCAGUUCCACUAGAUGCGUGGGACACCAAUCUCUCGGUACUUGAUCCUACUCUGUCCCCUGAGACAGUGCAUACAGUCCAAUCGUCACUUUCCGAUAUCGCCUCCACGAGAAUCACCUCCGCGUUACAGCGGUGGCAUGCUUUGGAGCGGGUGAUUUCCGUGCAGAAGUCAUCGUCACAUCUAGAGCGCACUAUCAACCGUUGCUUUGAGCUAUUCUUUGAAUAUCUAUAUCCCCUGACUCCACUUGUUCAUGAACCCAGUCUUCGAGAUGGGUUGGGGUUCUUCGUGACCCAAGGAAGGAAUUCGAGAGCUGACGGCCUCGUAUAUGGUGUGAAUACUCUCAAAUACCCCGAGCUGUGGCCGGAUCUUUCUUUCACUUUGAUCACUGCUGUCUGUGCAGAAGCGGCCUUUCUCCUUCCGAAAGACAUAUUUCCCGAAGGGGAGGCAAUCGCAGACAUAUUUCUACAAGCCUCCAGAAACUGCCUGGCUACAUACCUGGAAGCCGAUCUCGAAUACCCAAAUGCAAACUCGGUCGCCAUUCGAUAUUUCCACUCCAACUGCAUGCAUGCUGCCGGUAAGCCGCGACUGUCAUGGCACAUAUUUGGGGAAGCGACCCGAUUGGCCCAAGUGAUGCAGAUGCAUGAAGAAAAUUCACUGCAGGGGCUCUCUUCUCUCGAAGUGGAGUUCCGCCGUCGGGCAUUCUGGAUUGCCUAUAUCGGCGAUAAAUCAGCAGCCAUUCUGAACAAUCGUCCGAUCACUAUUCACAAAUAUUCAUUCAACUCUGGCAUCACCAUCGGCUAUCCCACAGGCAUCGAAGAUGAGACAAUCUCGACACCGGGUAGUGCUGUCCCUGAUUCUGAGAGUACUCAAAAGAGCUUUAUCGCGGGAUUCAAUGCGAACAUUCGACUAUGGCAAAGUGCAUCCGAUUUACUUUUAGAGAUGCGACUGUUAGAUAGUCACAGAAAUGGGAAUUUACUUCCUCGUCAGCCUCCUACAGCAGAAGAAAGUCACAGGCUUGACCAUCUCUACGUGCUUUUUGCAACGUCUCUCGAUGAUUUACCCCCCUUCUUACAAUAUGAUCAGCUCAUGUCAAACGCCAAUAAAGACAACCAGCACCUGUCUAGACUCACGAGACUGCAUAUUAUUCAAGCAGCUAAUGUCUACGUCUCAUUACACUGUCUUAAGAUGGUAAUCACACAAAAAUUCGAAGAGUUUGAUUACUAUCCUCCUGCGCCAAAUGAAAUGCUGUUACUGCGGAAAACUGACAUUGCACGGGAUCUUCUGCGAGUCAUUCGCGAUGCCCCUUUUUGGGCAUUGCAGAUUAACGGUGAACCAUGUGUGAGUUAA